UUCUUCUUAACGUUUUUUUGAAUCAUACACUGGUGUUUAAUAAUUUUGUGCCCCUCUUAUAGCGGGCGUUUAUUUUUGAGCAUCAGUUUUAUACUUAAAGUCGUCUAAGAAACAACGUCUAUUUUUUCGAAGCGCUAUUUUAAUAAAGCGCAAAAAGGACGUUUAAGGAUUUUUAAUUGAAGUUAUUUUUUUUUACAAAAUAACUCUUAAGAUAUAUUAACAAGUGUUAAGAAAAACUUUCAAAAAUGUCAAAAUUAUUAUUAAAGCUGUUGUGUGUUUAGCCAUGUUUGGCUCAAUGGCUUUAGCCUUCACCUGUCCCGAACCUAAUGGUCGUUUUGCCACCGAGGAACAAUGUGAUGCCUAUAUCCAGUGUCAAGAUGGAGUAGCCGAAGAAAAACUCUGUCCCGAUGGUUUGGUCUUCCAACAACGUUCCAAAACUGCUGGUGAUUGUACUUAUGCUCCCUUUGCCUCCUGCAAAGAGAGAGCUCGCCUUCAACCUGCCAAUGCCACCGAAGAAUGCCCUCGUCAAUUCGGUUUCUAUCCCACCGAAGAUCCUGCCAAAUGUGGUGAAUAUCGUAACUGUGCUCAUGGCGUCUCCACACUCACCAAAUGUCCCGAAGGUUUAGCUUUCAAUGUCGACAGCUAUCAGUGCGAUUGGCCCGAUCUAGUUAAGGAUUGUAAUGCUGAAGCUUUCUUGGGUUUCACUUGCCCUCCACCCGAGGAGGUCGAUGGUGUUCAAGUGAAUGUUGAUGUUACACCCGAAGGUGAAUUGCAAUAUUUCCGUCAUCCCAACAGCUGUAAGAAGUACUUCGUGUGUGUUAAUGGUCAUCCUCGUUUGUAUAAUUGUGGUCGUUAUUUGGCUUUCAAUCCCGAUACAAAAUUGUGUGACUUCUAUCGUAAUAUCCCAGAGUGUUAUGCUCGUUUGAAGGAUAGAAAAGAAAAGAAGAACUAGAUUUUUGGAGGUGGGCUUUUAAAGCGAUCGUGUUAAAUAUAUUUGUUUAUAAAUUGUUGUAAAUAUGUAUUUUUUUUUUUAAUAAAAAAUAAAAAUUUAAACCAAAAA